ACCGCCACACUUCAUUCUUACUUUCGCAGCCGGCAGUCCGGCAACACCACCGCUACCACAAACGAUACCCCCACCACCCACCACCCACCACCCUCUCCCACCCAGACGUCCACCGCCCCGCCCUUCGCAGGUUCGUGUGGCCACCAUGGCCGACAGUAAUACAGACAGCGAUGUCCACGUUACGUUCAAUGUCAAGUCCUCUUCCGACUCCAAGUACGCCUUCACCCUGCCAGCAACCACAACUGUCGCCGAGCUGAAAGAGAAGCUCUCAUCCUCCGACUACGCCGACACGCCAGCCGACCGACAGCGACUGAUCUACAGCGGGCGAGUGCUCAAGGACGCCGAUACUUUAGGCAGCUACAAAAUCAAGGACGGCAACACGGUACAUCUCGUCAAGAGUGCGGCGAGCAACGUCCGGCAGAACCCUGCAAAUCAAGGUGGCGCGGCAUCUGUACCACCUGGAGCUGGGCAGCCUGCAUCGAAUGUGCCUACCAACAUAGCAGCUGGAACAGGUGCCGGCGAUCCACUUGCUCAGAUUACAGGUGCUCGAUACGCAGGCUUUCACGGGCUUCCUGGGGCAGACAUGUUCGGCGCCGAUGGUGGUAUGGGUGCGCCGCCCGACCCUGAUCAGAUGCUUAGAUUGCUUGAUGAUCCCAACUUCGCGCAGCAGAUGAACGAAGCCAUGAAUAAUCCCGCUGUCCUCAACAUGCUUCGAAACAACCCUUCCAUUCGCAACAAUCCCAUGGCUCGUGCGGCAAUCGAAAAUCCCGAGAUGAGACGCAUGAUGUUGAACCCGGACAUGAUCCGUAUGCAGAUGCAGAUGCAACGGGCGAUGGGAGGUAAUGGAGCAGGCGGCGAAGGCGCCUUUCCAAUGCCAGGACAAACGGACACGACCGAGGGUGGAAACGCGAACGCUGCUGCUGCACCGGCCGGCCAAGCCGGAGCUCCACCACCCAAUCCUUUCGCAGCCCUCUUUCCAGGAGGUGCGGCUGGCGGCACUGCUAAUCCAGCGGCAGGAGACACUGGCUCUGCCAAUACACAGAAUCUAUUUGGCAGCCCAUUCGGUGGUCAGGCCGGGGGACCAGGCGCGGGUAAUCCCAUGGCGCAGAUGACGCAGCAUCUCAUGCAGAAUCCAGAGAUGAUGCAGCAGAUGAUGCAAGCAUACGGCGGUGGUGCAGGAGCCGGAGAGGCAGGGUUCAACCCAUUCGGCGGUAUGGGCGGAUUUGGUGGUGCCCAGGCACCACAGGUUCCUGCCGAUACCAGACCUCCAGAAGAGCGAUAUGAGAAUGAGCUGCGAUCAUUGAACGAUAUGGGCUUCUACGACUUUGACAGAAAUGUGGCUGCGCUACGGAGAAGUGGCGGCAGUGUACAGGGUGCUGUCGAGUAUCUUCUCUCACAAUAGACCAGUGACGACGGUCUCGGCUGCAACAGAUGCGCAUCCAUUAAUAUGGCUCGUCUGGAGGCGACGCAGUGGGACAAGCUUCACUUUGGUGGUAUGGCGGUAUCUCGGCAUGGCCAAAGCCCAAUACGUAAUCCCAGUGGCCGGGAGUUUAGCGGAGACCGAACUCUUGAAAUCCGUGAUGAGACUCAUACGUCGCGCCAGUGCGGCGCAUCGACCGAGCAAGAGCGCGACGAGUACGAUCGUGACAUUGACAGCGCGGUGCUCGAGGAGCUCGAAGCGAUCUCAGAUGCCAAGAGCGUCGAGUGAAGCAUCAUCCAGCAGUCACGAUUCGUUUGUGUACAGCGUUCUUUAGCAUGCAGCGAUGACUUACAAGGGCAUAGGAGAAGAAGAGUUGGUUGAGUACACGAAUCACGCUACAGACAGAUACCAUACCGAAUGACGAGCUCUGUCUCCGCUGGCACCUGGACCGAGGUGUGUUUCCACUCAUUGUUCACGAAUAGAACGGCGCCUUUGUCUCUGAUGCUAUUUCGUCUCUCGGAUCCCUUGAUUUUCUUUGUUACCAGUGCAUCAUCCUUCAAGCCACUAAUUUCGAGGCUUCAGACAAUGGUCUUUGACAUGGCAACUAUCACAAGAGAUGUGGUAUCCACGCACGCUCCUAAUGUUUUCAAGUCUGCGACCAGUAUUGAAAAUCGAACACUGCAG